AUGCCGAGUCGCUCUGCUACUACUGCUGCUGCUGCUGCUGUCAUGAGUAGCCCUAAUGUCCUUACCUUCGAUGCUGAGGGUCGAGCGGUCAAUUUUGAGGUCUGGGUCGAUGAUCUGCAGCUCUUUCUGCAGUGCGAUAGCAAGGACGGGGUCUCUCUUUUUUAUCUCACGUCUGGCGCCUCUGGUGCACCUACUGCCGAUGCUGACAGUACUGUUCGCUCGCAGUGGACCACGCGCGAUGCUGCUGCCCGUCUUGCUAUUCGCAGCCACCUGCCGUCUGCUGAGCGCGCGCACUUUAGCCAGUACAAGACCGCUAGGACUCUGUACGACGCUGUUGUUGCGCGCUACUCCUCCCCUGCCACUACUGCCCUUAGUCGCCUCAUACUGCCGUACCUGUUCCCUGACCUAGCUGCUUUUGCCACAGUCGCUGACCUCAUUACGCACCUCCGCACUAGUGACACCCGCUACCGCGCUGCGCUUCCUGCCGAGUUCUGCACCUCGAACCCCCCCCCUAUGUACAUCACUCUCUACUACCUCGUCACCCGGCUCCCUGACUCCCUUCGCUCGGUCAGGGACCACUUCCUCUCCCUUUGCCCCACCACGCUUACCGUUGACCUCCUCGAGAAGCGCCUCCUUGCAGCAGAGAAGAGUAUAGUCGUUGUAGGGGCCUCUCAUGGUGACCCUCGUGCCCCUUUCUUUGAGGGGUGCUCCCCCGUCCCUCUUUUGCCCUCUGUUGCCUCUGCUGCUGCUGUCAACCUCGUUGGCACCGAGUCGGUCGGCGCUGCGUCUGCUCCUAGUGGGAGGCGCCGCAGCGGCAGGAGCAAGGGGGGCAAGGGUGCUGGCGGGGGCGGCGGUGGUGGUGGUGGAGGCGGCAGAGGGGGUGGGGGUGGAGGAGGUCUGGGGGUGCUGGUCCCUGCGCUUACGUUCUCCGCACCGGCGACCGCAGUGGGGAGACGUGCGGAGGGCCGCACGCCACGCAGCGCUGUUUUGGCCACCUGA